CGUCUACCACAAUACACUCACACUUCGAACACAACAGCGCACCCUCGCUCAAGAUGGCACCUCCUCGCCGAUCUGCCGCCAACAGUCAACGCGGAGGAGGGGCCAGCGAGAGAGGUCAAGGUCGAGUUAGAGGUCGAUCUCGGCGAUACCCCACUCCACCCACGCCGGACGAGAUCCUCUCUCUGCACGAGAUCUCGUCUGACGAACCUCAAAAGUCGGACGUCGUCCGUCGAUCGUCCGUGAGAGCAUCUCAGCCUGCUGGGAGAGGUGCGGGUGAAAAAAGGAAGUCUGAAGUCGUCACCAUAUCAGACUCGGAUGCGGAGGCGUCCACGUCGAUGCCUUCCAACAGUCACGACACAAAUGGUCGGACACCCGCUCCGAGGCGGCGAGGGUCCACGAAGGCGUCUCAGCCGGAAGGGGAAGAUUUUGAGAUGGAGGAGGUUGAUGUCACCGGUGGUAGUGCAAAAGAGGUUGGCGAGCAGGAGGAGGAGGAGGAGGAGGAGGAGGAGGACCUCGAGAUGGAGGAUGUCGAUGUUGGUGGCCAAGAGGACACUGCAGGGUACGCCGCUCUGUACGCUGCAGCAGUAUCGGAAGCCGGAAACGAAGACGAGAACAGUAGCAGAGAAGGUCAAGGGGCGGGUGGAGGAGGCCCUUCCACUUCGAACCAGCCCGUCUUCAAAGACGGCAAAGGACAGCCGCCUGGCGUAAUCUCGUUGAGUCUAGGCGGGCAAGCGGCCAAGGAAGAGGAGCAGAAACGCAAAGCGAAGCAAAGGGCCAACGAGAAUCGCGUCACGCCGAGGGAUCGUCAGACGCGCAUGGCUGUCCACAAGCUGGGUGCUCUGGCGCUGCUCGCUCAUGCCCGCAUCAGGAAUGCUUGGCUCAAUGACGCCGAGCUUAGAGAUGCUCUAUUCGAAGUCGUGCCUGCAGAGCUUCGCAACAAGCUGAAGCAGAUUCAUCCAAAGCGAGUUGCAAAUCAGCGCGAACGAGUAAGGCUCUUUGAGAUCUUCAUGCUCGACCUGGUCUGCUGGUGGGCAUAUCGUCGCUUCCGCAUCGAAUCAAGAGCCGCGACGACCGCUGCUAUCAAGCAGCCCAAUGCCGAUGUUCUCGUCGGCAAUUUUCCGCUACCAGGCAUUCGGGUGGAUGGAUGGAUCGUCGAGUCAGCUUUGGAGAGGGAGGAGAGGUGGAAGGCGGAGAGAGCGGCGAAGAGUCAACAGUCCAUCGAUGACGCUCAGCUAAAGAGCUCGCCCAAGAUGGACCGUAAAGGCAAGGGCAAAGCUACGAAUGAGCAACACCCUCAUGCGCGUUCCGGCCGAUCAAUGAAACGAGCCAAGGUCGAGCCUGCGACAGACAUCACGCUCUUCGGCCAAGGGUCGGGAAUGGCUGCUGUCACGCCCACCUACCUUCGGCUCGCCCCACCUGUCGAGGCCAUCUCAUGCCCUGCAGAUCUUCAGCAUCGUGCAGAGCUGCGGCAAGGCUCGCGGGAGACUUCUGCGCAAAUGUUCUGCUGCCUUUGUCGAGCCUUGGGCAUUCCGGCCCGGCUAGUCAUAUCUCUUCAAGUCGCGCCAUGGAGCGCUGGAGCCGCAAAGGUGGCCACAACUCAGGGGACGCGAGAAAAGGCUACCAAAGGAAAGGGAAAGGGACUCGUCGACAAGGCAAGGAAGAAGCGAAAGCCGGAUGACGAGUUGACGAGCGAGGAUGAGGAGUGGCAGAGUGGGUCAGAAGAAUUCAGUCCAGCACAGGCAAGCUCCUCCAAGCCGAAAGGGAGCGCCCGAAAGACUCGGAAGCGAGGUGACUCCCACUCGAGCUCCGCAUUGAGCGAUGCUGACUCGCCCAGUCAAGCCGCGCGAGGCACACGAGCCAACAGAGGCAAGAGAAGCGCUCGCGCUGCCGCGAGUGAGUCUGGUGCUUCGACGACCAAUUCGCCUGCAAAGCGCAAACGCGGCAGCAAGGCCGAGGCAACCGGGGUUGAAGAGUCGGCCGCGAGCACGACGAAUGGCAAGGGGAGCGCAAAGAAAAGAGCCAAAAAGGAUGCAAAAGCGCCACCUUCACCCCCACGACCGCUCAAAGACGUUCCUUAUACGCCGAAUUUGCGCAAAUCGAGGCCCAAACAAGCGAAAGCUACGGAGCUGGCUGCUGAGGACUUGUCUGACAUGGAGUUUGUGGACCUCGAAGCUGCACCUACCAUGUGGGUCGAAGUGUUUUCGAAACCGUGGCAGAAAUGGAUGACGAUCGAUCCGAUCCGUGCGAAAGUCGAAGUCGGUCCCAACCGGCACAUGGAGCCACCUCCAAGCGAUAGGCGUAACAAGCUCGUCUACGUGGUCGCAUUCGAAGAGGAUGGCUUUGCGAGGGACGUCACUGCGAGAUACACCAAGACUCUGCACUCGCGCGUCAAUCGCAUGCGGCCGCCUGCUCCAAAAGGCAGUCUAGAAGGAUGGUGGGAAAGUGUGGUGCGCGCAUUGCAUCGACCUCAAAAGCUCGACAGAGAUGCCGCAGAGGAUUUGGAGCUGGAAGAUGCUGCAGGCAAAGAGCCCAUGCCAUCUAGCGUCGGAGGCUUCAAAGGACAUCCAGUGUACGCAAUCGAGAAGCACCUUCUUCGAGACGAAGUUAUUCACCCUCUUCGACAGAUUGGCACGUUUCAAGGCAUCAAGGUGUACCCGCGAGGAAACGUCGUCACCUGUCGAAGCGCUCGACAGUGGUACAACGAGGGUAAAGUCGUCAAGGAUGGCGAGGAGCCAUUGAAAUGGGUCAAGAGUCGUGGGUACACUCUCGCGAACAAGCGUGCCGAGGAAGCUGCGAAAGCAGAUGGAGGGGAGGCGCCGCAGGAGGGUCUGUACGCGCCUUUUCAGACACAACUUUACACUGCUCCGCAAGUAACCAACGGCGAGGUGCCGAAGAAUGCAUUCGGGAACAUCGACCUCUUUGUGCCAAGCAUGUUGCCGCCUGGCGGCGUGCACAUCCCCUAUAACGGUGCUGGCAAGGUAGCCAAGAAGCUUGGUGUCAGCUACGCCGAGGCUAUCACUGGGUUCGAGUUUAGGAAAUUCCGCAGCAUGCCCAAACUCACCGGUAUCGUCGUUGCAGAGGAGAAUGAAGACCUGGUCACGGAGGCAUACUGGGAGUCGGAGCACGCUGCGGCCCAGAAAGAAUUCACCAAGCGGCAAGAGAGGGCGCUCAAGAAUUGGAAGAAGGUGGUCAAUGCUGUGCGCAUCGCCCAGCGCGUCCAGCAGCAGUACGGAAACGGAGCCUCUCAUGAUGAAGCAGACCUUCGCAAAGAAGCCUCGAGCGCGACAGAGUCUAGAGAUGCCCAUGCAAGCGAGAAUAGCAAAUUGCAUGCCCUCGAAGCAGAUGACGGGGCACUUGAGCAGGGCGGUUUUCUUGUCGACGUGGAGGGCCGCCCACCAACCAAUGGCAAGGCUGGAGAAAACGGCGAGCAGCUGAGCGCUGCGAAUCGAGACUUUGCUGCUCGCAUCGCUCGCUACGGUGCGAGAUCUGGCGGCAGCAGUCACCGCGUCCACGCAGAGGCAAGUCAAGAGAGCGACUUUAUUGAGGAAGAGCCAGAGGCAGGCGAGGACACGGAGAUGGCCGAAGAUGUCAUUCACGAUCAAUCGUCCUCCGAAGCUGGAGAUCAGGCGGAGGAGAGUUCUCCGCCUAGCGCACCUCGGAAAAUUAUCAGCCUGGCAUCCUUGGCCUCGUCCGCGCCCAAUCAUCGCAGACGGAGCCGCCAAGCUGACUCCCCGCUCUCGGAAGCAGAGUCUGCAUCAGAGCAUUCGAAUGGGCACAGCAAGAAGCCGAGGGGAAGGGGAGCUGCAAAGUCUUCUGCUUCUCGAGGUCAGCCACGAAGCGUCAAGAGCGCCAAGGGUGCCAAAAGGUCAAACGAUCUCGUCAAUGGAUUUCAACCUUCGCCCCCAAAGGCGAAGCGACCCGAAAGUGCAGAAGCACCCUCGUCAAAACCUCGCAUUCGGAUUCGACCCCCUGCACAUCUACGAGCGCGGGCUGGAGAUAACGAGGCCAAUGAUGCUCGUGCAAGCAGUCAUCCGCCCGCCGACGAUCGUGUUGAUGAAAACGCAGCGUCUACAGAACAAGCCUCGACUGCUGUUAGGUCUCGUCGACGCAACGAGAAGUCGCAUCCAGUCAUUACAAUUCAGCCUCGUCGGUCUGGGCGCGUGACUCGAAAGAGCGAAGGUGCUCUACAGAGCGAGGAGACUGAGCGCAAAGUGCAAGCACUGCGAGCGACGAGCCCAGAACAAGUUGCUAACGAAGAGAGCAGUGACGAAGCGCAGAGCGACUCGAGCGGUCAGGGCGAUUGAGAAUCUCUGCGCGCGCGUGGGGCCGAUGGUUUACGACCUGUCGCGGCUCCGCUGCGCGUGACCCUCGCAAUGGAAUGGAAUGCGAUACCCGCGG